ACUCGCUUUCAAGGAUUCAUUGUGCCAACUGGCGUUUCAUUUAGUCGCCACGAGACUUCCAAAGCCUUUUGUUACAAUUUCAGAUAUCUUUACUAGCGAAUAGUGCUACGCGCGUUCGGGCACAUGACAGAACUCGGAGGGAUUGGGACUGGACUGGGCUUGGCUCCCACGGAGCAGCCGGCAGCACUGCAUGCUACGGCGUUAAAGCUUUGCGGUCGAGAAAGCGCAGUGGGCGCGUGGUUUAUCCUCGCGCGGGGCGAGUCAGCAGCGGUGGCACGGGCCGUGUCAGACCCCGUAUAACACCGCGCUGCGUGCCCCCUCCGCUGCGGCCUGCGCUUUACUUCGUGCGGUGGAACGCAGAUACCGCAGCCACCGCUGCCUUCGCUCCAUCAGCAUUACGCGCCUCAGCUGCAUCAGGCAAAGGGGCUGCUGGCCUGGCGGGCUCGUGUUGACCGCGUCGCCCGAUGCAGGAUUACAGCAUCCGCGGAUUACGGAGCCGGCCCGGAGCUCCGACUCAAACCAGCUUCCUCCCCCGGCUGUUUUUCUUUUCCAGUUCGCAGCGCCUUUCACAUACCUGUGUAUACACACAAUCCGUACCACACAACUCUUCCAAAGAGCGGUAACAGCAGCAUCAGCAGGGGCAGUCAUGCUAGAGAGGCCAGCAGCGCCCGCGGGGCGCCGCCGCCGCAGCCGCCGUGUGCCGCUGCUGCUGCCGCUCACAGCGGCCGCGCUGCUACUGCCGCUCACAGCGGCCGCGCUGCUACUGCUGUCAGCGGGCGGGCCGGGGCCCUUCGGCGGCUGCGCAGCUGCAGCUCGUGAGGAGGCGGCUGCAGUCGCCGCAGGUGGUUCCGGCGCCCGCCGGCUGCAACAGGCGGCUCAGCAGGGCAGCGGCGUGCAGGGCAGCGCGCCCCCGGCCGCGAGCGACGGCGCGAGCUUUGGCCGGCGCGCCGCCGCCACCGCUCCGGGUCUGGCCGCCGCUGCUGCCCCCAACGCACCACGGAGCCUGACGGCCACACCCAACGCCACCUCCUUCAAGACGCCGGGCGGAGGCGCCGUCGAGACGGUCACUGACACGCGGCAGGCGCGUGGGAAUGUCGGGAUUGCGGGACGGGGGCUGGCGCGCGAGUAGGGACUUGGGCGGAGAGUGCCGUCUUCCGUACGUGCAAGAGUUUCUGUGUCAACCGGGUGGCAGCAGCGUUCAAACGGAAAGCAAAGGAAGCGUUGUUUACCGGGCGUGUAAUGGGCACGACUGGGCACAAGAGCACCACUGCUCGCCCAAAACAUGCAGUUGUGCACGAGGGGGCACACGAAGCAUGCGUGCGUGCCCCCACGGCCCCAACCACGUGAAACGGUACUGUAUGUCAGCAGAGCACGUUUGCGGUGUUGGCCAGAAUGCUCAUUUGGGACGUUCUUGUACUGGCGAAAGAAACGUUAAGCCACUAUGUAUGGCAUGCCAGGUUCGCGCCUGAGCGGCUUUGGUAGAUAUGAAUGCGCGGCGCAAUGUGCUGUUCCUGACUCCAGGACAGUGCAUGCAACUUACGCUAACUUAUGCAAGCCACACCGGCUUGAAGUUCGUGGGGUGGGUGUUGGCCCUGAGAUGGGAGGUGCGGUCAAUAUGUGACAUGCGUUUCACUUUGUAGGCUUGGAGCAAAUGGGAGAAAGCAGAUCACACAUGCGCGAGGAGAAAUGGUAGAGCACAGUCGCACAUGUGCGAGGUGACCCCAGGGACUCUGAACCGGUCCGGAGUUGCAUCGGGCGCUGCCUCUUCUGCGGACGUGCCCGAGUGGUUAAGGGGUCUGACUCGAAAUCAGAUGGGAUCUCCCGCAUAGGUUCGAAUCCUGUCGUCCGCGCAAACUUUUGGCCAGUGCUCUCAGCACUCCCAUAGGCCCGGGCACUGCGAAUGCGCGCGCGGCGGGGAAGCGCUGUGGAGGAGGCACAGGAUGCAGGGUGUGGGGCUGUGACGUCCAACACAAUGGAAUGAAGGGCAACAGUGAAGACAAGGCUAAGGGUAUGGAGCUGCACAAUUGCACACUAUAGAGCUUGAGCUCAGGGCAGCCAGAGAUAGCAGCAGAGCAAGGUUGCAACAGUGCAAUGGUUGUGGACCUACGCAUGGAGGCAGGGGUGCAGUUCACACAUCCCCUGUGCUGGCCUUGGUGAGGCCCCCUGGUGCGCCUGCUGGCUGCUGGCAUGCGGCCUGAGCGCGCUUGGCGUGUGCAGACCACUGGACAGGUGUGGCUUGCGAGCGUGCUUCGCGACUAGUGCCGCGACUGGCCCAAAGCUGGUGGCAUCCCGAUUUGAGGGUAAAAGCUAGAUAAAGGGGCCGAACUGGACAUUUGGCACACGUUGAGGUCUCUGGAUCAAAUCCGAUCUCUAGAAUUCGCUGCGGACGUGCCCGAGUGGUUAAGGGGUCUGACUCGAAAUCAGAUGGGAUCUCCCGCAUAGGUUCGAAUCCUGUCGUCCGCGCACUUUUGGCCAACGAUCGCGGCAUGCCUGUCCGGCUAGCGGCGGGAAAGCGCUUGCGGCAUGCCUGCCCGGCUAGCGGCGGGAAAGCGCUUGCGAAGCGCAGGGUGCAGGGCGCGGGGCUGUGAGCCUGUGACGUAUGGCACGAAGGGCAGCGGUGAAGAGACGGCAGUGCGUGUGGCUGGGUCCAUCCCUGCUGAACAGGACAGGAACGAACAAACUAUGUACCCCCUGCGUGGCGGUCCCAGCCACAGCUCGGCAGGGGGUAGAUAGAAAGAUGGCGCCAUAGCAGUGUGUGGCGGUCGAGCGGAAAGUCACGGUCACCGCACUGUUUGGGCGUGGCAGUCUUGGGCGUGGCAGGCGUUCCCAUAUAUGGUAAUGACGAGUGUUGCGAGUGAAUGGUACACACGGGUAGACUUGCAUGACAGCAAUGAGGGGGGCUUGUGAUACCAGCCGAAA